AUGCGUUUCUUUGUCGCUAUCGCUCUUUUCGCUUCUUUCACUGCUGUGCUUGCGGAGCAGUUCACCGUCAUUGUGGGCAAAGAUAACGGGCUGGCUUACGACCCACCCUUUGUCACGGCUAAGAAUGGAGAUGUCGUCGCUUUCCAAUUUGUGUCGAAGAACCAUACGGUUACCCAAUCUACAUUCGCCAACCCCUGUCAAAGGAUGACCACCCCCACCCAGGGUGUCGAUUCCGGGUACAUGCCUGUUGCAGCUGGGGCCACUGCCUUCCCGCAAUGGAGCAUCACAAUCAACAACGCCUCCAACCCUCUUUGGUUUUACUGUGCACAACAACCACAUUGCACACGAGGCAUGGUUUUCGCUAUCAACCCGACGGCUGAUAAGACAUUCGACCAGUUCAAGGCUGCUGCAACUGGCGGUGCCGCAACUGGAUCUGCCGCAACCGGGUCAGCUACCAGUGCUGGUACUUCACCGUCAGCGUCUGCACCUGCCGGCAAUAGUGCUUCCUCCAUCGAUCGCAGUGCUGUCAGCGUACUUGCUUGCAUCACCCUGGCAUUGGCUAUGUUCCUAUAA